GAAUGCACUUUUGGAUUUCAUUGCUUUGACUUUGUUCCCAAAUUUGAGAAAUUUGGGCUUUUUUUUUUGUUCUGUAAUUCGGUGGCUGAUUUUAUGGCAAAUCAAGGUGGAGAAAAGAAGAGAGUGGUGAUUGUGGGAGGUGGUGCGGCUGGUUCCGUUAUUGCUCACUCUCUUCAGUUAUGUGCCGAUGUUGUCCUUAUAGAUCAGAAGGAGUAUUACGAGAUUCCAUGGGGGAGCUUGAGGGCUAGGGUGGAGCCAUCAUUUGCUGAAAGAACAGUGAUUAAGCACUCUGAUUAUCUUACCAAUGUGCAGAUUGUUGUAGCUACUGCAACUAAUGUCACAGAAAGUGAAGUUUUCACUGCAGAUGGCCAUUCGUUUGCAUACGAUUAUCUGGUUGUUGCUACUGGUCACAAGGAUUCUUUUCCCAGAACUAGAUCUGAAAGGCUCAGUCAGUACGAGUCAGAGUUUGAAAAGAUAAAGUCUCAUGAUUCAAUUUUGAUUGUGGGAGGGGGUCCCUCUGGUGUGGAGCUUGCUGGUGAAAUUUCUGUUGACUUUCCAGAGAAGAAGGUAACACUGGUGCACCAGGGGAGCAGAUUGCUUGAAUUUGUUGGUCCUAAGGCUUCGAAAAAGGCAUUGAAUUGGUUGAUAUCGAAGAAAGUUGAAGUGCUUUUAGAGCAAUCAGUUAAUUUGGAUAAUGUAUCUGACGGUAUAUACCAAACAUCGAGCGGAGAGACUAUAAAAGCAGAUUGCCAUUUUCUGUUUACUGGUAUACCAUUGGGUUCAUCCUGGCUUAAGGAGACUGUUCUAAAGGAUAGCUUAGAUACUAAUGGAAGGUUGAUUGUUGAUGAGCACUUGAGGGUCAGGGGUCAUCAAAAUGUCUUUGGCAUAGGAGAUAUCACAGAUAUUAAGGAAAUGAAACAAGGGUAUAUAGCACAUCAACAUGCACAAGUGGUCGGCAAGAACUUGAAGCAGGUGUUAACGGGAGGGAAAGAGCACAAGCUGGCUCCAUAUAAGGGUGCUGCUAGUUCUGAACUUGCAAUUGUCUCUCUUGGGAGAAAAGAGGGCGUGGCUCAAUUUCCAUUUAUUACAAUUAGUGGAUGCAUUCCUGGCAAGAUCAAAUCUGGGGACCUGUUUGUGGGAAAGACGAGGAAAGAGCUCGGCUUAAAGCCUUAAACCCUGAUCAUUGGCAUUAUAGAAGCAAGAAGAGGCAGUUCGGUUUUGGUGACUAUAUGCAAUAAUUCUUUACUGACUGCAGUGAAAUCAUCAGAGUUUUGUUUGUACUGUUGUGAAUUUCCACCCGCUCUCUUUUUUUUUUUUUUUUUUUUGAUUGAAGAUCCAUCAGCUCAUUUUAAGUUUCAAGUGUUUUGUAUAUGAUUAUACUAGCUUGUUGCUGUUCUGAAUUAUGAACUGGUAAAUAUUUUGGAAAGGUUGGAACCUUUUAUUUAUGUAAAUUGUAAGAAUUUUCCAUUUG